UUUAUCUUACUUACAGAAAUACAAUUAACUACCAGUAAGAACAGAAAAAUGUCAUAUCGUGAUUGUAAACUUUAUGUGGGAAAUUUGGCUUCAAGUUGUACUCGCACUGAUCUUGAGAAGGAGUUUGGGUAUUAUGGUCAUCUUGCAAAUGUUUGGGUUGCAAGGAAUCCACCUGGCUUCGCAUAUGUUGAAUUUGAAGAUGCUCGUGAUGCCAAAGAUGCCGUGAGAGGCCUGGAUGGGAGGUCAUUUAUGAAUCGUAAGCUUCGUGUUGAAAUAGCUCACGGAAUGCAGCGAUCUCGUGGUGGUGGUGGUGGUGGCGGCGGCGGUGGUGGUCAAUGGGGAGGUGUUGGUGGUAAUAUUCCACAUGAACGACGCCGUGCAUUUGACCCAAAUGACCGAUGCUACAAUUGUGGUGAAUGUGGGCAUUAUGCUUAUGAUUGCAGCCUAUACAGGCGUCGAGGAGGAGGCGGCCGCAGGUCGCGCUCGAGGUCCAGAAGUCGUGGUCGUCGCAGCAGAACUCGCUCUCGAUCAAAAGAAAGAAGAAGGCGAUCCUACUCAAAAUCGCCAAGACGAAGCUAUUCUCGUUCACGAUCCCGCAGUCCUCGUCGGAGUCCAAGUCGCUCACCUCGGCGGAGUAGAAGCCAUUCCCAUAGCAGAUCGAGGUCUGGAAGUCGCAAAAGAUCUGAAAGUCCGCAGAGGAAUGGUCAGAGAAGUCGAUCUGGAUCCAGAUCAAGAAGUCGCUCACGAUCUCGUUGAAAAAUUCGAUUUUUAAAAAUUGAAGAUGGUGAUUCAUAUUAGUUGUGAAUAUCUCAUUGUUUCAUUACGUACUGUAACUAUACUGGUUUGCUAAAGCGUUCAAGAAACUUGUCAGUCACAUUUUAUUGCCGGAAAAGACAAUUUUAAUUUGGGUUGUCAUUUAUUGUAGCACAUUCUUGUGUAUUAUAAUCUUAUUCCUGGUGCGCAAGUCUAUUCCUGGUUUUUCUUAUUUUACUACUAGCAAGACUGACUGUUAAGUAAAACGUUAUAGCAAAUUUUAUCUGGAUUGUGAAUACAUUUUUGUUACUUAUAAUACACCAAGCAUCUCGCUCUGGAGUGGAAGAA